AUGGCCGCCGCGCUGCGAACCCUCCUCCGCCCCGCCGCCGCCGCGCUGCCCCGGGCGCGGCCCCCGCCGCCGCUCUGCAACCCCGCCGGCACGCGGGGCUGCAGCGCCGGGUCCACGUUCCAGUACCUGUUGGUGCAGAAGACGGGGGCGCAGAAGAAUGUGGGGCUGAUCCAGCUGAACCGGCCGCAGGCGCUGAACGCGCUCUGCGAGGGGCUGAUGGCCGAGCUGCGGCAGGCGCUGGAGGCCAUGGAGAGUGACCCGCAGGUGGGAGCCAUCGUCCUCACCGGCAGCCAGAAAGCCUUUGCAGCCGGUGCGGACAUCAAGGAGAUGCAGAAUAAAACCUUCCAGGAGUGCUACAACGGCGCCUUCCUGGGCGGGUGGGACAAGGUCUCCGUGGUCCGUAAACCCAUCAUCGCCGCUGUCAAUGGCUACGCCCUGGGUGGCGGGUGCGAGCUGGCCAUGAUGUGCGACAUCAUCUACGCCGGGGAGAAGGCGCAGUUCGGGCAACCCGAAAUCCUGCUGGGAACCAUCCCAGGUGCCGGCGGGACGCAGAGGCUCACCAGGGCGGUGGGGAAGUCGCUGGCCAUGGAGAUGGUGCUCACCGGGGACCGGAUUUCGGCAGCGGAGGCCAAGGAGGCAGGUCUGGUGAGCAAGGUGUUCCCCGUGGAGAAGCUGCUGGACGCGGCCAUCGCCUGCGCUGAGAAGAUCGCCAGCAACUCCAAGCUGGUGGCUGCCAUGGCCAAGGAGUCGGUCAACGCUGCCUUUGAGACGACGCUGACAGAGGGGAACAGGACGGAGAAGCGUCUCUUUUACGCCACCUUUGCCACUGAUGACCGCAAAGAGGGGAUGACGGCCUUUGUGGAGAAGCGCAAGGCAAAAUUCACAGACAGCUGAGCCCGAGGAGCUGCAGUCCCCAGGGAUGUGCAGGUCCCCAGGGAUGUGCAGGUCCCCAAGGAUGUGCAGGUUCCCCGGGCACGUGCAGAUCCCCGGAGUGGUGCAGGUCCCCACAGCCACCUGCUGCCCCUCUGCCUUACCCCAUGGAGGGGACUGGGACCCAUCGGCGAGCGAUGCUUGGGGUGACAACCAGCAGUGGGGACCACCUCUGCCUUUGCUAUUAAAACAUUUUCUAGGUGCUGCCGGGA